GGAAUUAAAAAAACUGGAUAAAUAUCUUAGACUUGGACAUUUAGCUUGUAAGUUUCUCCAUUUUAUUCAGAUACAUGUUAAGAGUGGAUGGUAAGGCAAUUUUUAGGGGAGAAUAGCCUAAACCCCACUAGGGUGACAUUUGUAAUAUCGUGUAGGCUAUUGUAUUAUUUAGUAUAAUUUAUUAUGGAGUGAAGUGUGAGUCUUUAUCGUUACUCUCCGCCUCUUUAAGUCUCUCCUACAUCUGACUCCUUUUGGUCUUUCGCUGUUUGCACAGCAGCCUGUACUCUGCCCCACAUUUUAUUUGGCAAUUCUCACCACCGCUCGCUCGCUCGCCGCUGCGUAAAAGCUGCUCUUGGAAAUGUAGUUAUUUGCGCACAGCGAGGUCUCUCCGAAAUGGAUUUAAAAUCCGAACUCCUUAAGUCGAUCUGGUACGCCUUCACAUCUCUGGACGUCGAGAAAUGCGGAAAAGUGUCCAAAUCGCAGUUAAAGGUGCUUUCCCACAACUUGUACACAGUGUUGAACAUCCCACAUGACCCGGUGGCUCUGGAGGAGCACUUCCAGGAUGACGAUGAUGGACCGGUGUCUAAUCACGGCUACAUGCCCUACCUCAACAAGUAUAUACUGGAUAAGGUCAAAGAGGGCAUGUUUGACAAGGAGAAGUUUGACGACCUGUGCUGGAUGAUGACCAGGAAGAAGAACUUCAAGGGUGUACCACAGGGCGCGCUGCUAUCCGAAAGAGACUGUUUUAAGCUCUUCUGUUUAUUCAACCUUCUGUCUGAGGACCGCUACCCGCUGGUGAUGAUACCAGAGGAGGUGGAGUAUCUCCUUAAGAAGAUUUCCACAGCGAUGAGCCAGGAGUGGGAUGGGAAACCAUUGGUGGACUUAAUAUCCCAGGGUGCCACAGUGCAGGAUGAUGACAUGUCAGUGUGGACCUUCCUGGAGCACAUGGCAGCAGGCCGGCUGCUGAGGGUCACCAGUGCUGAGGCCUUCAGUCUGGCUUUGAAUGAGGUCUUUCUGGAGAUGUAUCACAACGUCCUCAAGAGGGGUUAUAUGUGGAAAAAGGGGCAUGUACGCAGGAACUGGACUGAGCGUUGGUUUGUGCUGAAUCCCUCCUCUGUGGUUUACUACGUCAGUGAGGACAUGAAAGACAAGAAAGGGGAGAUCCAGCUGAAUAAGAACUGUGUCAUAGAGCCUAUUGCAGACAAGGAAGGGAAGCGCUGUUUGUUCUGUGUGAAAACCCACAAUAAAACCUUUGAGAUGAGUGCGUCUGACCAGAGGCAGAAGGUGGAGUGGACUCAAGCUAUUCAGACAGCUCUCCGUCUCCAGAAAGAGGGCAAGUCUUCACUUCACCAAGAACUGAAACUGAAGAGGCGGGUCCAGCGGGAACACAGCAACCGGGAGCGCAGCCGGAGCACCCGGAGCAGCUGCAGCAGCCGGAGCAGCCAAUCUGACGACUCCACUAUCCAAGAGAUGGAGAAGAUGGAGAAAGAGAAAGACAGACAGGAUUUAGAAAUAGAAAGUAUCAUACAGCAUGCACGCGAAUUAGAAACCAGACGGAGGGAGGCAGAGGAAAAAGAAAGAAGGAAACAGAGGGAGGUGCAGAUGGAGCUAGAGAGGCAGCUGAAGGAGGCCGAGUCGUUGAGAGACAGCAUGCAGGCAGAGAUGCAGGAGAAGGAAAAGGAGGCUGAGCAACAGAAGAAGAGGAUCCAAGACUUGGAGCUGACGCAGCAGAAACUGGAGGCUGCUCUCAACAUGGAGAUCCAGGCUCGGCUGGAGGAGGAGAGGGCCAGACAGGAGCUGGAGAGGUUGUUGCAGGCGGAAGAAGCAAAGAAGAAGCAGUUCCAGCUCCUCCAGGAGCAGCAGAAGGCAUUGCAGUGUCUCAACACCAUACUGGAGGCUUCAAACGGCAGUCCAGACAAGAAUACCCCCUCAGCUCUUCACUCUGCCUCUCAGGAGCUCCAGGAUCUGCAGGUGUCUCGCCAGAGGAGCCACCAGCACCUGGAGGAGGUACAAGAGAAGCUGAGAUAUGCUAGUCAACACGUACGACACUGGAACGUCCAGCUGAACCGCCUGAUGACACCCAUCAGUCCUGGAGAACGUUUGGGAAAUCGCUUAACAUCAAAACGCAUAUGUCCCAAAAAGGAGGGAGCGCUGGCCAGUAAUGAGUUCAUCUCUAAAUUUAAGAUAGGAGCUGAGCAAAUCAACCAGAUACCAGAAGACAGCGAGACGCUGGAGGAGCAGCUGGAGGCUGCAAACCUGUCAGAUGGAUCAGAAAAAUUACAGGGAAAACCCAACGGACAAAUGUGAUCACCAUGUUGACGGUUUCAAAUCCACAUGUUUAAAUUUGAUAAAAGAAAUUCUUGUUUAAGACCGAGAGUGGAACGUGAAAAGUUACUACAAUUCAUAGAAGAAUCUGUGCAAAAUACAUUUUAUAUUUAUAUUUUGAAAUGCAUACUAGGAUGGACAGUGAGGAUGAAACACACAUUGUGAUGCAGGAUUUAAUGAAAACACAUUUAACAGAUGAACUGAAAUACAGUUUUGUACAAUAAAGUUUAUUGGUGAAUGAUGAAUUGUCA